GGGGCCGGCCGCGCGGCGACGCGCCCCGCAGCCCAGGAGCCAGCGAGCGGCGAGCGGCCGAGCGCGCCUUGUCCCGUCGCGCGCGAUGCUCCCCUGGACGGCGCUCGGCCUGGCCCUGAGCCUGCGGCUGGCGCUGGCGCGGAGCGGCGCGGAACGCGGUCCCCCAGCAUCAGCCCCCCAGGGAGAUCUGCUGUUCCUGCUGGACAGCUCAGCCAGUGUGUCUCACUACGAGUUCUCCCGGGUUCGGGAGUUUGUGGGGCAGCUGGUGGCUCCAAUGCCCCUGGGCCCUGAGGCCCUUCGUGCCAGUUUGGUGCAUGUGAGCAGCCAGCCGUACACCGAGUUCCCCUUCGGCCAGUACAGCUCAGGAGAGGCUGUCCAGGAUGCCAUACGCACUGCGGCCCAGCGCAUGGGUGACACCAACACCGGCCUGGCACUGGCAUAUGCCAAGGAGCAGCUGUUUGCUGAAGCAGCAGGUGCCCGGCCAGGGGUGCCCAAGGUGCUAGUGUGGGUGACAGAUGGUGGCUCCAGCGACCCCAUGGGGCCUCCCAUGCAGGAGCUCAAGGACAUGGGCGUCACUGUCUUCAUCGUCAGCACCGGCCGUGGCAACCUCCUGGAGCUGUCGGCCGCCGCCUCAGCCCCUGCUGAGAAGCACCUGCACUUUGUGGACGUGGAUGACCUGCACAUCAUCGUCCAAGAGCUGAGGGGCUCGAUUCUCGACGCCAUGCAGACGCAGCAGCUCCGGGCCUCCGAGGUCACGUCCAGCGGCUUCCGCCUGGCCUGGCCACCCCUGCUGACCACCGACUCUGGCUACUAUGUGCUGGAGCUGGUGCCCAGGGCCGGGCCCGGGACCCCGAGACGCCAGCAGCUGCCGGGCAACGCUACGGAAUGGACCUGGGUGGGCCUCGACCCCGACACUGACUACGACGUGGCGCUGGUGCCCGAGUCCAACGUGCACCUCGUGAUGCCCCAGCACCUGCGAGUGCGCACGCGGCCGGCCGAGCCGCCCGCCUCUGCCUUCCCGGCGCCCCCCGCCCCCGAGGAGGAGGAGGCCGGGCCGGCGCGCAUCGUCAUCUCGCACGCCCGGCCGCGCAGCCUGCGCGUGAGCUGGGCCCCGGCGCUGGGCGCGCCCGCCGCGCUCGGCUACCACGUGCAGUUCGGGCCGCUGCGGGGCGGCGCGGCGCAGCGCGUGGACGUGCCCGCGGGCCGCAACAGCACCACGCUGCAGGGCCUGGCGCCGGGCACCGCCUACCUGGUGACGGUGACGGCCGCCUUCCGCUCCGGCCGCGAGAGCGCGCUGUCGGCCAAGGCCUGCACGCCCGACGGCCCGCGCCCCCGCGCGCCUCGA